GCUGCCUCAGUGACAAAGGGAGAGAGGGUGAUUUUAUUUGGUUACAUAUGCCUUUCUGGCAGCCCAAAGGGGGCCAUCCCCCUAGAUCCGCUACUAAAUUUAUUAACAGUUAUCGUACCCCAUAGUAGGCUCUCACGGUGCUGAACCCGAGAACGUGAACGUGAACGUGACCUGAUACCGAGAGGGCGAGCGAUUACGUCAGCGCUUUAGUGGGCCCGUCGCUCCAAGUACCGGGACACAGGGAGACCGUUUCAUUUUAUUUUUGUUUGUUGUGUUAAUGUGGAUACAGUUUUUGAUUUAAAUUGCACGACGUUGUAAGUCUAAGCCAGCAUGUUUGGUAUUUAAAAAUGUGGGUCCAUGUUUAUUUUUCUGUUUUUCUGUCGUUUUAUAUUUAAUUGGAAUCGAGUUGGCGUUUAAACGAAGUCGGUGGCACAUGCUUGCGUAAAACCCUGAAGGCCAACGCAAUCCUGCGAUUUUCUGACUUGAGAAUCAAUCUUGAUCAGAUUAAAAAAGUAACACACUCUUGUUUCGACAGGGGAUAAUCAUACGAUUUUUUGUAAGAUUCUUUAAAGGCGACUUGAGAAUCAGUCUUGAAAGGACCGUCCUUUCAAAAAAUAAAAAUCAUUCUCUAUUUUCGUGUUUAAGGAAAAAACACUUAACCAUUUGUUCCUGUUGUCUUGCAUGACGACACAAAUGAAAUAAUGUUAAAACUUAGUUUGUAAUUAAGGUGUUUCUUUGCCUCUAAAUUGAAAGAGGCACUAGAAAUUGUUAACAGUGACAAUUGGAAAUGGGAAUCGCUUAUGUGAAAGGAAAAUCGAUUAUUACGGGAGCGUCGAUUAUAAUUCAUUGAUACACCUGCCAAAAGGAAUUUGACGUCACUGUGUCUAAAAUUGUCAAACCGGAAAGAAGUUAGCAUUGCCACUCAGUAAACCGUAUAAUAUACGCAGCAAAAAAAGACACGUCGCGUCUUGUUACACAUAUCAUAGCGAAAGGCACAUGAGGCAGAGUUUUCAACCUACGAAAGUAACACUUAAGAGACCAUGAAAGAGAAAAGAAAUAGUUUACAUGAGAUUGCCGUCUUUGGCGGUGCAGGAGUUGGGAAAACAUCUAUUGUGAAAAGAUUUUAUUGUGGAAAAUUCAGCGAGGAAUACGAACCUACAGUAGAAGACUGUUAUAGCAAAGUGCUGAACAAAAAUGGGAGCAUAAUGGUUUUGAAUACAACUGAUAGCAGUGGCAGCUACCAGUUUCCCGCGAUGCGCGAGGUUGCGAUCAAGCGGGCUUCAGGUUUCAUCUUGGUCUAUUCCCUAGACAGCAAGUUCUCGUUUGAAGAGUUGAAGAGACUUCUCUAUGAGGUUAUAGAGAAAAAGAAGUCUGCGGAUAUCCCUGUGGUCUUGGUAGGAAACAAGAAAGACUUAGAGGAACAGCGUGAAGUCAGCAGCGAACAGGUUGUCAAAGAAGUGAUGGCGUUCGCGCGAGAGAAAGGUUGCGAGGGGAAACUAAACAUGCGACAGGUUGAGACAUCCGCCAAGGACGAUUGUAACAUAAGUGAUGUUUUUGAUGAAGUGGUGGACAUGUUAGAGGACUGCACACAUAGUCCGUGCGAGAAAAAGAAGCGAUUUAAGCGGAUAAUCAAGAAUAAAUGCACAAUAAUGUGAACAUUAUAGAAGAAAGUGUCAGUUCGAUCAUAUACUUAUUAGAGCUAUUAUUCCCUAUUAACUUAAAAAAGAGCUAAGCUUGCAGUAUGUUACUAGAACAUUCGCUACGUAUUCUUCGGCUUUAAGCUAUCUUUUUUUCGUAAUGUUUAUUAUAAAUGCGACAGGAUACUGGCGCAACGGUACUUUUGCCAAACAGAAUAUGAAACUUUAGCAGAAAAGAAGAUAUUUUCUGAAAUGUUGCACAAAAGAUUAAUAUAAUAGAAAUAUGAUAGGCUCGACAAGCAUCCAAACAAACAAGAAAAACAGAAGAAAUCAAAAAAAGAGAAGAAACUGUAUUCUAAAGAUAUUCCAAUGAAAUAUAAGUAUUUGAGAAGAGUCUAUUUUUUGCGUGGUUAUUUUUAUAAGAAACUGUCACUAAACAGAAUUCCACUUGUCUUCCAAGUGUCUCGGGAUAGCGUUGCGUCAAUUUAUGUUUAUAUAAGUUGGUAUCUUGAAUUUCCCAACUACGAUAUAAAUAGAAAACGCUAUCCUCUGACUUAAAGAUGUAGGCGCCUUGUAGCUAUUUUUAUAUAGUUUUUAGGUUAUGAGUAAAGUGAACUCUUAAUACAAGCUGUGUUGUCAAGAGCAGACCAUCGAAUAAAGGCGCAAUUAGCACA